CGCAGGUAGUUUACAAUAUGACAAUAAUAUUAAAUUGGUUUAGUUUACAAUAAUAGUAUUUGACUAACAAUGUGUUUAAUUGUUUUUGGAAUAGGCAUUGGAGCAUUUUUCAGGGAUUUGAGCACACGCACUCUUAAAGAAGAAGUCGUAGAACAGCUUCAGGAGAACAUUCCUAUCUUAUUGUGCAACUUGGAGAAGAUAUUUCCUCCAGGCUUUUUUGACGUGAUGGAGCAUCUAGCUAUCCACCUCCCAUAUGAGGCAUUGCUUCGUGGACCGGUACAUUACGGAUGGAUGUAUCAGUACGAGCGAGCCAUGAAAUAUUUGAAGGGAAAAGCAAAGAACCUCGCCAAAGUUGAAGGUUCUAUAAUUGCUGGAAGUUUGACAGAAGAAGUUUCUCACUUCACAUCGUACUACUUUGCGUCAAAAGUACGUACCCGAAGAAGAGCUCCAAGAAGAUAUGAUGAUGGUGGCGUUGCGCCCACAUAUGCAGUUGUUGGUGUUCCAGAAAUCUUUAGCCAGAUUGGACGACUUGGUGGGAAAUCAAAACAGGUUUGGUGGUCGAGUGAAGAAGACGCUCAUAGUGCACACACCUAUAUUCUACUCAAUUGCGAGGAUCCAUUGAUGCGUUAUUUUGAAAGCAUGUUUGUUUCACAAGUCAAAGAAACAUUUCCUGGUAUAUCCACAAGUGACGUAGACAAAAGAAAAGAUCAACACUUUGUUAAGUGGUUGAAGAAUCAGGUAUUAAUCAAAUACUUUUAAAAUUUUCAUACAUGAAUGAUUUGUAUUUCAACGUUCUUUUUAUUUUUAAAUAGGUUGAUUAUGACGACGAUGCAGAUUAUCCUAAGUGGUUACACGAA